AUGCAGUCCAACAAGCCAAGUAACACGGGUGCAAAGAAAGUCAUGUUUCCUGAUAAAAAGUCUUCACCACCAUCAUCGUCAUCAUCUUCCUCAAAACAAAUGAAAUCUUCGACGAUCACAAAUGCUGCUGGUCUCAGCUCAUUAAUCACCUUCACUAUAUUAUUGUUGGCAUGGAUAUCCGGAUUCGCAUCCAGGCUUUUUGCGAUUAUACGAUUUGAAUCUAUCAUUCAUGAAUUUGAUCCAUGGUUCAAUUACCGAGCAACAGCGUACAUGGUCCAGCAUGGAUUUUACAAUUUUCUCAACUGGUUCGACGAGCGAGCCUGGUACCCACUUGGCCGAAUCGUCGGUGGAACCGUAUAUCCAGGACUUAUGAUAACAUCUGGCUCUAUACAUUACAUUCUUCAUUCAUUAAACAUUCCAGUACACAUUCGGGACAUUUGUGUAUUUUUGGCACCAGUUUUCAGCGGUCUUACCGCAAUAUCAACAUACUUCUUAACUAAAGAAUUAUGGAGCGCGGGUGCAGGGUUAUUUGCAGCGUGCUUUAUCGCCAUCGUACCCGGAUAUAUAUCGAGAUCAGUAGCUGGUAGUUAUGAUAACGAGGGGAUAGCCAUAUUUGCGUUACAAUUUACUUACUACUUAUGGGUUAAGUCUGUAAAAAAAGGAUCUAUAUUUUGGGCUGCAUUGACGGCAUUGUCGUACUUCUACAUGGUCUCCGCCUGGGGUGGCUAUGUAUUUAUUAUAAACUUAAUACCGUUGCACGUAUUCCUGCUUCUCUUGAUGAAUCGAUUCAGCAAUCGGUUGUUCGUGAGUUAUACGACGUUCUAUAUACUGGGAUUGCUGCUGAGUAUGCAGAUUCCAUUUGUAGGAUUUCAACCAAUAAGAACAUCUGAACAUAUGGCAGCUGGUGGAGUUUUUGCAUUACUCAUUUUUGUAGGAACUUUGAGGUACCUACGAACGAUACUCACAAAAUCUGAGAUGAAAUACUUUGGAGGAAUAGUCGUCAUAAUUGCGGGAGUUCUUCUUCUAGGACUUGUUCUUUUGACGUACAUGGGUUUCGUAGCGCCUUGGAGUGGAAGAUUUUACAGUCUUUGGGAUACUGGGUACGCCAAAAUUCACAUUCCCAUCAUUGCAUCAGUCUCUGAACAUCAACCGACAACGUGGUUCAGUUUCUUCUUCGAUCUUCAUAUUCUCGUAUCGACUUUUCCAGUCGGUUUAUGGUACUGCAUCAAGCGAAUUAACGAUGAGCGCGUCUUCAUAGUCCUUUACGCGUUGAGCGCUGUUUAUUUCGCUGGUGUGAUGGUUCGUCUGAUGUUGACGCUGACUCCAGUAGUAUGCAUGCUGUCUGGUGUUGCAUUCAGCGGGCUUUUAGAGAUGUACCUGAAAGAUGAAGACCGUGAGUCUGGUGACAGGGAAAAUGUGGACAGUAGCGAGGCCGAAAGUGAAACUGACGGCGAACGUAGUCCAGGAAGAGGACUCUACGACAAAGCGGGAAAAUUAAGGCGAAUGAAACACGAAAAACCUAAAGGCAACGGAGAUGGACUUGGCUCAAACCUUCGCAAUGGUGUUGUAAUUGGUGUUUUAAUGCUAUUAAUGAUGUUUACGGUUCACUGCACUUGGGUCACUAGCAAUGCAUACUCCAGUCCAUCUAUUGUUCUUGCUUCCUACACUCAUGACGGUGGCCGCAGUAUUCUUGAUGACUUCCGCGAAGCUUAUUAUUGGCUUGCACAAAAUACUCCAACUGACGCUAGAAUAAUGAGCUGGUGGGAUUACGGAUAUCAAAUAGCCGGAAUGGCUAAUAGGACGACACUUGUAGACAAUAAUACUUGGAACAAUUCUCAUAUUGCGUUGGUAGGAAAGGCUAUGAGCUCAACAGAACCAAAGGCUUACGAAAUAAUGACGUCACUAGAUGUCGAUUAUGUUCUAGUAAUAUUUGGAGGAAUGAUUGGUUAUUCAGGCGAUGAUAUAAACAAAUUUUUAUGGAUGGUUCGUAUUGCUGAAGGCGAGCAUCCUCAAGAUAUUCGCGAGAGUGAUUACUUUACUGAGCGUGGAGAGUUUCGUGUUGAUGCCGAGGGUUCACCGACCCUUCUCAAUUGUCUUAUGUACAAAUUGAGUUAUUAUCGUUUUGGCGAAGUAGUACUGGACUACCGCAUGUCAGCUGGAUUUGAUCGUACGAGGCAAGCUGAAAUAGGAAAUAAAAAUUUCAAGUUAACUUAUCUUGAUGAGGCCUACACUACUGAACAUUGGCUCGUAAGAAUUUACAGAAGCCCAAUGAGUUCAAUCGACCCAGGAUUCCAUUAUCGGAACGUAAGAUUGCACGAUCAACGAGCUCCUACCACAAUAAAAAGCGUAGUUAAAAUUUUGGGGGGGCCGGCAUUGAUGUUUCAGACGACACGUCGCAAGAAGGGAAUAAUCAAGAAUAAACCGACAGUGGUGAAAGGACAAAAACCUCAAAGAAGAACGACCGUUUAA